UUUUCCUUCUCUUUAUUUUACUUACUUUUUCUAUUCAUGAAUUAUACAAUUACAGCAACAACAACGAAUAAACGAUCUGAUACGAACACAGUCAAGUUAUCAGAAUCGUAUACACCUUCUACAUGGCAGCAAAUUGUCGUUGGGGCAGGAUCAGCAGCAGGAUCAACGGCUGCUGUUGUGAGUGAAGAGUCCAUGAAAUGUCUUAAAUAUUGCUCGAAUUGGCUACACUAUGCCAUUCAACAACUAGCUCAUCAAAUGAGUCUUGCUCGGGAUUUUCUGGUUUCUUUGGCUACACGCCAAAAACAAGAACAACCCAUGCUUUUGUCUAGCAUUAAAAAAAAUAUGGUCACUACAUUACGAAAAGUGAUUGAUAUUAUUACGUGCUAUGCAGGUAAUGCUUUACCUUAUCAAGCAAAAGCGAGCAUUCGGGGAGCUAUUCUCAGUUUACCUAAUCGAUGGGCCUCGAUGUAUGAUGGUGAGACAAAUAACGAUGUGAUACAACAACAAACAAAGCAUGACACCUAUAAGCAAGAAGAUGUUGCCUUAAGAUUACUAGCAUUUGGUAAAGAAUCAACCGACAUGCUGCGUUCAAUACAAUCCGUCUUUGAAGACACGAUUCAACGAGCAGAAGGCUGGCUAGAGAGAUUGCGAAUGAUGAAUCCUAUUUCCCCAAGCAUAAACAAUAAUGUCCAAUUACCUUCAUUGACGCCCAAGCACUUUGAAGAUCUAAACAAUUCCUGUACAAUGCAAGACGAAAAAGAUGAUUUCUGUAAUGUCUUGUUACCACCUAUUCGUAACCUUCAUAUUUCUCGAACCAGUUCUUCCACAUCAUAAAUUGGGGAAAAUCGUUCAUUGUAUUCUAAUCUUUUCAUUGUUCCUAAUCUGUGCCUUACAUUUAAAGGUCACUUUCAAAUAAAUGUGCAUAAUUUGGCUAUUUGUACAUGAUGCGCGCAGAUAAGAAACCUACCACAGUAACAUGUAACCCUACCCUGCUUUAUGUGUGCAAUGUAUCAAAAGAUGAUUUUCAUUAAUUUUGUGCUGUUGUACAGAGAGAGAG